AUGGCUACAACUAAAGCGAUGGAUGCCGCAGCAGCAGAAAUCCAGCCACCUCUGACCGUCAUAGACGUGAAGACGUCCGAAGCGCUUGAGUCCCUACUUGAAACCAUCUCUGGUCUUCCAACCAAGCUCCCAUCGCUGUACCUGGACUACCAAGGACCUGCCGAUGGCAAUGUCAUCACUCUGUGUCUCUUCAUCCCACCAAACGUUAUCUACCGUGUCCUGCUCGGCACGCGCCGUAGCGUAGACCCGUCCGCUUCGAACGCCAUGGGAGUUUCUCUCAAAACGAUCCUGGAGUCCGACUAUAUUCCCAAAGUCACUUUCGACGUCAGAUCCCCCUCCAGCGUGAUGUUUCGCCAUCACGGCAUAUCACUCGACGGCAUUCGGGACCUGCAGCUCAUGGAGCUUGCGAGUCGAAACGCCAAGCAGCACAAGAAGUACCUUACAAGAUUCACGAAGUGCGUCGACCACGACAUCCCUUCUUCCAAUGAUGUCAGGAAGCGAUGGCAAGAUACCAGCAAUGUGGACGACUACCACGUGUUCAACGUGUUGGGCCACGCUCCACGAUCAACCAUGAAGCGCGUGGAGAUAUACCCGACGCUGUACAGCAUCUACUACGCGAAGCUCCAUCUCUCACGCGAGGCAUUCUGGCUUUGUGAGUCCCGUUUCCAGCUGCAAGAGCGAGUCAUGGCAUCGCAGGACACUAAAUUCGCCGUCGGCAAGAAAGACAAUGCUCUGGGUCCGGCGGUCUCGUAUCAGCACGAGUUGAGAGAGAAGGCGAUGGAGAGCUGGAACGAGAGGAUUAAGAUGGAGAGACUUGCUGGGGAAUACGAAUUGGAUGACGAUGCCGACUGGGUUCCUAUUCAAGGGUCAACGAGAUUGGCUCCUUUACAGCUGCUAUUUGGCUGA